GGGCUGUACGCAAUUUCGAUGAAUUGCUCUACCGCAACCGAAACGCAGUUCAACUCUGCUUUACGAUUGGCGCGUGAUGCUCAGUUGUGGACGUUUGUCAAUCUCAAUUUGGCGCUGCUGUAUCUUCGCGAUGGUCGAGAGUCCGACUUUUACGGCCUGGCCGAUAGAGUCAACCCGGAGAGCGUUCAGAACUUCUCCUCCUGCCUGCGACCUGCUGCCUGCUUUCUCAAAGGUCUUCACUUGUUUAUGCAGUCAAGACUGUCGGAAUCGAAGACGAAUAUUCUUUAUUCUAAACAGGACACCAGUUUUUUGUUUCGUUUGCUGACUGCGUGUCUGUUCUAUGUAAAUGUGCCGUUUCAGGAAGGUUUUGAAGAGACUGUGAAAGUAAUGAACGCUGCCAGUCAAAUCGCACGAUCUGUUCCGGACAUGGAAUGCCAGCUGUGGGCAUCCUCCCUUCUUAAAGACAUCGACUUAUACUUGGACGUAAAUUACGCCUUUGACCUGGAAUUCACUUGUCCUUCGACAAAUCCUUCGAUGUAG